UCCGGGAGGGUGGAGAGUUAUUGGUUACUGGCCAAAUUUUCGUUGUUGGCCAUUUUGCUUAGAUCGUCGUCAACGUCGUCGUCGCGUAACGAUAUCGUUCGCGUUUUAAUCUUUCGAUCAGUGCUCGAGUCGUUCUAUUUAGAGCGCUCGUCACCUGUACGUUAUAGCUUAUGAUAAAUAGCUCAGUCUCAAGCACCUCCCAGAGCUCUCCGACUCGCGCAAUGGCGGAGGAUUUGGAUGUCGAAGCGAUGCUGGAGGCACCAUAUAAGAAGGGGGAGCAGGACUCCUCCUCCAAAGACAAGUCCUCCAAGGAGAAUGGGUCUAGUCGCAAAUCGUCAGGGAAAAGCAAACAUCGUUCGCGUUCUCGUUCACGAUCUCGAGAUCGAGAUCGCGAUCGUCGGGAAAGGGACAGAGAUCGGCGGGAGCGUGACAGAGACAACAGGAACCGGGAUCGCGACCGUCGACGCAGAUCGCGAGACAGGCGGGACCGCGACAGGGAUUGUGACAACGAUAAGGACAGGGAUAGGCGAGACAGAGACAGAGACAGGGAUAGGGAUAGGGAUAGGGAUAGGGAUAGAAGAAGAAAGAGAUCACUAACGCCGCUCACCCUUCCCAGAGCCCGACCGCCGUUCGGCAAAGGUCACAGUCCUCUUGGAAUAAAUGAUGAAUUGACGCCAGAGGAGCGAGAUGCCCGGACUGUUUUUUGUAUGCAACUAAGUCAGCGAAUACGUGCACGUGAUUUGGAAGAAUUCUUCUCGAGUGUCGGAAAAGUGCAGGAUGUUAGAUUAAUUACAUGCAAUAAAACUCGAAGAUUUAAGGGCAUUGCUUAUGUCGAAUUCAAAGAUCCAGAAAGUGUGACACUCGCUCUUGGUCUAUCAGGUCAGAAGCUCUUAGGAGUACCUAUUGUAGUACAGCAUACACAAGCUGAGAAGAAUCGCAUGGGCAACUCGAUGCCAAACCUAAUGCCUAAAGGACAAACAGGACCCAUGCGAUUGUAUGUAGGAUCUUUGCACUUUAAUAUCACAGAAGAUAUGCUUCGCGGAAUUUUCGAGCCGUUCGGAAAAAUUGAUAACAUACAGUUAAUUAUGGACCCUGAGACUGGACGCAGCAAAGGUUAUGGUUUCCUCACGUUCAGAAAUGCAGAUGAUGCGAAAAAAGCUUUAGAGCAACUGAAUGGAUUCGAGCUUGCUGGUAGACCUAUGAAAGUUGGCAAUGUAACAGAACGAACUGAUCUGAUUCAGGGACCUUCUCUUCUCGAUACAGAUGAGUUAGAUCGUAGUGGUAUUGAUCUCGGUGCAACUGGAAGGUACAUGAAAUUACAGCUGAUGUUCAAGUUGGCGGAAGGUACCGGCCUGGAAAUUCCUCCUGCUGCAGCAAACGCUUUAAAUAUGGCUCCAGUCAUGACACAGCCACAGCCGCCACCUCAAGCAGCGCCUCCAAUCGCGACACAGUGCUUUAUGUUAUCGAACAUGUUCGAUCCACAAAAUGAGACAAAUCCUAAUUGGGCAAAGGAAAUCCGCGACGAUGUAAUCGAGGAAUGCAACAAGCACGGCGGCGUGCUGCACGUGUACGUGGACCAAGCAUCACCACAGGGCAAUGUUUAUGUGAAGUGUCCGUCGAUUGCAACCGCUGUGGCAGCGGUAAAUUCGCUACAUGGUCGAUGGUUUGCCGGUCGUGUCAUAACCGCCGCCUACGUGCCGGUAGUGAAUUAUCACUCUCUGUUCCCGGACGCGAUGACCGCGUUGCAACUAUUGGUACCGAGCGCGCCACGAAGAGGAAUGUGAUAAUCUUAAAACGAACAAGCGAGCAACAAUCGUCGUCCACUGAUGUUUAAAUCUUUGCGUAGUAUUGCGUUCUAUUUUCUAUCACAUACACAUACACCUCACUAUCAUCUCUAUUGCAUAAGAACACAUUUUUUUUAUUAACAAAAUGGAAAAAAGAAGUAUCAGUCUAAAUUUCCAUGAGAAGUACCGAGUCAAUAUUUCCAUGAUGCAGAAUAGUUGUCACAAUGGCAUAAAUUCACAGCAUAUCGUAAAUGCAAUAAAUUCGAAUUGUCCCAUUUCACAGCAUCAUGCAUCGUUUGCAUGAGUUUUUAAUCGAAAUGUAAUCAAAAUUUGUGAUAGUUGGAAAAAUAUACGAGGUUUUUUGUUUAACAUUUUGAAUCUGGCUGUUUCAAAUAUACAUCAAUUUGGAAGAGGAGGGGAUGGACUACAAAAUAAAUAAUUUUUGUCAUAUUAUAUAUAUAUAUAAUUAUAAUUUUCUUCUGUUCCAUAACAUAAUGUGAAGCAGAUAUUAAGUAUCUUGAAUUUUUUUUUGGCGAUAUAAUAAAUAAUAUAUUGCAACAUGUGUGAAAUAUUUUUAGUUAUAUAUUUAUAUCAAGAUUAUAAAAAGAAUUCAUAUUAUGGGAAGGGGGUGUAUAUAUAUAUACAAUUUCUAAAAUGGUUCUUCUCUACCUCGUAUAAAAAUACAUAUAAACAUGUCCCACUCAUAAAAUAAUGUUUAAAAAAUGAGGGCAUAAAAAAAGAUUUAUGGCAGAUUCAAAAUGUUAACAGUUAUUAUAAAAUAUAUGUAGUUUUGUUUUUGCACGAAGAUAGUCAAUAAUUUGUUUCUUUCAAAAUUACAAAAUAAAUAUUUAUUGACAUGACGCAAAGUUUCGUUCCACACAUCGACAUAUUAUGUUUUGCGUUCAAUGUAGCAUAAUAUGUUUUUGAAUUUGUUUUCGAGUCAAUAUUUAAUCGAUCAUUUAUAACGAUCAUAUUGGAUGAGAAAAACUUAAUCCUCUCAUUCCUAAUUUAUUGCUAAUACUAAAUUUGUAUCUAAAGAAUGAAACACUCUAAAUAUUAAAGUAAUAAAAGAACAUGUCAGUUGCAUUGCCUAAUUAAUUUCAAUUCCUUGCUUUUUAGUUUAUACCCUCCCUAGAUUACUGUGACUGCAAUUUAAGUAAAAAAAACUCAUUUAAUUAGAUUUAUUUUAUCUUCAACUUUGAAAUUAAAAUAAAAUUUAUUAGUAUAUAGAGAUUAUUGUCAUAUAUAUUUAUAUUGGGGAUGAAAGGAUUAAGAUAUGUUUAUAAUGGUUAUAACAGAAUGGUUUAUACUAACGAGAAUUAUGUUAAGUACACGUUUUUGUUAUAUUUAUAUGGAAAUUGAAGAACAAAGAUGUAUGGUGAUGAAUUUACACAUAUUAGAAAUCUUUCACUCGGCUAAUUACACUGAUUCACGAUAAGAUUUUCUUUACUUUCAUUAGCGUAAUUUAUGCGAUUUUGCAAUAAAUUACCAUUUUAAUAAAAAGCUAUUGUGAUCAGAAAUAAAAUACAUAAUAUAUACCAUAUAAAAUCUUUCUAUGAGCAGUAAAAUGCAAUUAUAAAGUUUUUAGUUAAUAUGUAGAGUCACUUAUGUACGCAGUUAUAACAAAAAUAAUACACUAAGUAAUCUCGAGUUUUUGGAGUCGCAAAUAAAUUUUCUUAUUGCUGAAAUGCUCUUGUAUUAAAAAAGAAUGAAGAGUUAAUAAAAUUAUUGUGCGUAUGGUAGACUCGAAAUAAUUGGUUAAAACGAAAUAAAUUGUAAGGAUUUGUAAAGGUUUUGCAUAAAACAUUCUUGUUUGUGUUCGUAUAUUUGUACAUGCUGCAAGAUUUCGCAUAAACAACUACGUUAAACCGGAAACUAAAACUAGAAAUUUUUUUUUUAGUUAGAAUAAUUUAUUUUUUUAGAUUUUUGUUCUUUUGAUUAAAUAAUGAGAAGAUUCUCUUAGAUCUCAAAAUCUCACAGUUUGUGGAAUAUAAUAUAAUUCAAUCAUAUAGUAUUCAUGAAAAAGCAGCAUAAUUUUUUCCAUUCUUUUCUAAAAUAUAUCUCAGAAAGGGAUCUAUUUAUACAUCAAACAUUCUAUAAGUAGUUUCGGAUUCAGAUAGUUAUAAAUUAUGGAAAAUUUCUAAUCGUUACAUGUAGACUUUCCAAAGUGUCGAUUGCGAAACGCAAAAAAAUUCAAUUUUUUGCUCUUACAGAAUAAAAGAUUCACUGAAAAUAUUUUGCGUAUUGAUGUAAGAAGUUUGUAGUUUAACAAAGUUCAAGAUUCUUACCUGUAGAUCUCUAUGAUCGAGGAAGAAACAAUUAAUUUGUAUAUAAGUUUUUGUAAAUUAUAAUUCUAAGUAGUGCUGUAGACACAUAAGUAAUGUUACUUUACUGUAUCUUCGUAUUAACGAAAUAUAAAUGUAUACUUUGAUGACUA